AUGGAGUCAUUACCUGUUAUAGUGUUCAAGGGUAUAUUGGACUUGUUGUUGGAACCGAUUGACAUUGUAUGUUUGUCUUUCGCCAGCAAGACUCUGCACGCCUUGAUCAAUCAUUAUAAACAUACAUUGAACUUGCGAUCGAAUGUCGUGCUGACAAAGAAGGGCGAGAGCAUCUUCCCGCUGUUCCUCGACCUGGUGAUGCAGCGUCCGGACGUCGACGCGGCACACUUUCGCACGGGCAUCGAGAUGGCGUUUGACAACUCCUUCAACGACGAGAUCAAGCCGGGCGACAUGCCCCAGUCGGUCACUUCGCUCACCUUUGGAAACAACUUUAACAAACCAAUUGCGCCCGGCUCGCUUCCUGAGUCGCUCAUGGCAAUCACAUUUGGAAAGCUGUUCAAUCACCCGAUCGCGCCUGGCUCGCUGCCAGGGCUGCUUACAUCACUCACCUUUGGAUGGCUGUUUGAUCAGGCGAUCGCGCCCGGCUCGCUGCCGGGCUCACUUGUCGAACUCACAUUUGGCGCCUCAUUCAACAAACCGCUGGUCUAUGGCAUGCUACCUCAAUCACUCAUCUCUCUGACAUUUGGCGUGAGUUAUGAUACUCCAAUCGCGCCAGGCUCGCUGCCCGAGUCGCUCACCAGCCUAUCGCUGGGAUACAAGUUCAAUCAGCGUAUUAUUCAUGGCUCACUGCCCGGGUCACUCACCAUCCUAUCGCUGGGUUACCUCUUCAAUCAGGACAUCGAUGCAGAGGCGCUGCCCUCUCAGCUGGAGGUGCUUCGAUUCAAAGGUAUCUUCAACCGGCCGAUCCCGCCGGGCACGCUGCCGCGAUCCCUCCAGACUAUACAGCUCUCACACGAUUUCAAUCAGCAGAUGGAUAUUGGAACGCUGCCGUCAUCAUUAACUUCGUUGUCGGUCGGCUACAAGUUCCGCCACGUGCUGGUGCCUGGCGCACUUCCGUCCUCACUCAAGGAGCUAUACCAUUUCUCAGAGCUGGACACCAACAUCCUCACCAAGGGUGUGCUGCCGCAUUCAAUAACUAAGCUGACACUGGGCAACAACUUCAAGCAGCCCAACCCGAUCGCAGCGCACUCGCUCCCCCGAGUCGCUGGGUGA